GGACAGCAGAAUCUGGGCUGAAACAACCCGUUGUCCACUCCCUCCCCUCUGACCCGCUACCCCGGCUAUUGUUUUCUAUUUGCCCGGGUCGUAGGUGGGAGGCGAGGAACGCUGGGGUUCUGGAGCCUGGCUGCUCUCCAGCCCGGUGGUGGCCUUCGGCCCUGGGGUCACUGGGCGGCCCCGCCUGCAGCCUGGAGGAGGGACCGCCUGGGUCCGCCGGCCGCUCGCUCGGGUCCUCCCGCCUCCAGCUCGGCCAUGGGCUCGCGCGGCUCCCACGCCGCUCUCAUUCCCGACGUGGACAGCAUUCGCCGAGAGACCGGCUUCUCGCAGGCCAGUCUGCUCCGCCUCUACCACCGGUUCCGGGCACUGGACAGGAACAAGAAGGGCUACUUGAGCCGCACGGAUCUCCAGCAGAUCGGGGCGCUGGCUGUCAACCCCCUGGGAGACCGGAUUAUAGACAGCUUCUUCCCCGAUGGGAGUCAGCGAUUGGAUUUCUCAGGCUUUGUUAGGGUUCUGGCUCAUUUUCGACCUAUAGACGAUGACACAGGAGUCCGAGACCCCAAGCAGCCUGAACCCCUCAACAGCAGAAUGAACAAACUUCGCUUCGCCUUUCAACUCUACGACCUGGAUCAGGAUGGGAAGAUCUCCAGGCACGAGAUGCUGCAGGUUCUCCGGCUGAUGGUCGGAGUCCAGGUGACAGAAGAACAGCUAGAAAGCAUCACGGACCGCACGGUGCAGGAGGCGGAUGAAGAUGGGGAUGGGGCUGUGUCCUUCUUGGAGUUCACCAAGUCCUUAGAGAAGAUGGACAUAGAACAAAAAAUGAGCAUCCGGAUCCUGAAGUGAUGCUGGCCACCCCCUGCGUCUCUGGCCAGCUCCUGCAGGCCAGUCUCUGCCUGGGAGUCGUCCUCCGUCUUCAUGGAGGCAGGGUCUCUACACCAUUCUUAUUUCUAAACUAAACUCUGGGGUCAAGGAGAGAAAGUUGGAAGGGCCUAUCCUAAAGCUCAGGUCCCUUGAUCUCAGGUCUGUGAAUCCGUCAGCCAUCCUUUGGUUGCAGGUGACAGAGAAUCCAAUGAAAACAGCUUAAGUUAAAAAAAAAAGGGGGGAUUUUAUGGGCUCACAUAAUUAAAAAGUCUGUGUCUUCAGACACAAUGGGAUCCAAGGGCACAAAUGAUGUUGGGACUCUGUUUGACCCUUCUCCAGAGGGCUCUUCCCUCAGGAUGCAGAAUGGCUACCAGUAACUCCAAACUUGCAUCCUUCUAGCCUCGUAACACAGCAGGAGGAUUUUCUUAUUCCAUUAAUUCUAAGCAAAGAGUAUCAUUGGCCCAACUGGGGUCUCAUCUGGGGAAUGAAACACUCUAAUUGGUCAGGUUGGUGUCAGGCACUAAUUCCUAGAGCCAGAAAAUAAGGUUUGAAGACUCAAGAUAGUGUGAGAGGUAGUGGCUUAAAGGAAAAUGGGUACCAUUUGGAGGAGGAGGGGAAAAGUGUGUGUGUGUGUGUGUGUGUGUGUGUGUGUGUUGUCUCUGUUCAGGCAAAACAAGAUAUGGCCAUUACUGUCUGGUUGAUCCAAUGGAGGUAUCUUUGAAAUCUGGCCCCUUCAAUAGAUUUUCACUGAUUUCAUGAAUGCAUGACUGUGUAAAUGAGGUGGGUGGUUUAUGGGGGUGGGGAAGAUGGUGUAAAAACAAUAAACAACACAUACUUUC